AUGGACGAAAGCUACCCCAAAGGCCCACUCAGGGAUUCGGGCACCCACAGGAGCCCUCCAAUGGGCGCUGGGACCCGCAGGGUCUCUCCCAGGGACAGAGGCACUCCCAGAGGCCAUCCAAGGGAAGGCGGCUCUACCAGGGGCCAUACCAGGGGCGGCGGAGCCCCCAGGGACCUUCCUAGUGACGGCAGCGCUCCCAAAUACCCUCCCAAGGGCGACCUCGGCAACAGGGGCCCUCCAGAGGACGGCAGUUUCUCCAGGGCCCCUACAAAAAGCGGCGGGGCUCCCAACGACCAACCCAGGGGCGACGGUGCACCUAGGGACCCUCCCUGGAACUGUGGCGCCACCAUGGACCCUUCCAGGAGCAGCGACGUCCCGAGGGACCCUACCAAGUGCUCCCAUGGGAUCAUCGCAUGCUUGCACAAAAACUACUGCACCCAGGGGCCCUACUGCUCUGGUGCUCCCAUUAGCCCUCCCAGGGCAGACGGGGAUCCUAGGGACUAUCCCAAGGGCGGCGGCAGCAAUUGGGUCCCUGCCAGGGACAGUGGUGUCCUCAGGGACCAUUCCAGGGGCGGUAGCUCCCCCAGAGACCAUCCGAGGGGCUUAGAGGCCACCAGCGACCAACCCAGUACCGACGGUUCACCUAGGGACCCUCCCUGGAACGGUAGCGCCCCCAUGGACCCUUCCAGGAGCAGCGACUUCCCCAUGGACCCUACCAAGUGUCCCCAGGGGAUCAUCGCAUGCUUGGUCGUUGUGUAA